AUGGGCAACAGCGACAGUAAGAGCAAGUUCCGCGAGAGCGUGUACAAGCUUAAUAAUGAAAUCAUUAGUAGUAAAAACCUCGAGUUCUGGGACAAGUUAUGGCGAAUUCCCACUGUCGCAGAGGAAAUAUUUACUCUCAUUCAGCCGGAUGACGUGCGGAUGUUACGUCAUCAACAGCCCGAGAAUUUGGGCACAAUGCUUAAGCAAGCCGUUUCUCAGAUAGUACAGAUCGUUGAUACUCCUGUACCAAAAUAUUAUCAACAAGCACUUAAUUGUGUACGUGUCUUGACACGUCUUGUCCCUUUCAUUCUCGAAGAAGGUGUCGACGAGUUUGUCGAGCAGCUUUUUUGGAGUGUUGAAGACAAUGAAAGUCCAAAAUCGGAUGGCGAAGACGAUGAGAUUAAAGAAGAAAGAAGUGGUGCCGAACCGUUAGCAAAGCAGAUGAUUCAUGCUAUUAUGGGGCUUUUAUUUCUACCAGAAUUUACUGUUUCGAUCCAUGCUUACAAAGGGUACGGUGAAGAACGACGAAGUACCACACGUAGUGGUCAGAGUGCGACAACUGGAUCUUUAGUCUUUCCCUCGUUGCUAUGGCACUCGGGAGUAAUGUACCCUGAUGCAAGUGUAAUGAAUUCAUCGAGCUAUGAUCGAAAUCGGAAAGAGGUGCUAGCACUACUAUUAACGUGCUUUUCAAGCAUUUUGUAUCAAACUGCUGAAAAGUGUAAUCAAUGGAAAGAUCGGUUCUUAGAAGUGGCUACUGCUCCCGAUUGCCCCUUUGCACCAACUCUAUUUUAUUCCUUGCUGAAUAUUGUCGUUUCGUACGAUCCUGUUGGGUGGGGCGUACCGUACGCAGGUUCGAUUGUAUCAGACGAUCGUGAAUUAUUGGUCGAUAUGUCGCUUCAAGUGUUUUUAGUCCUGCUGGAUUUUGGUCAGACAACAGAAAGUAAUGUUGUCGCGACCCUCAAACCACAAUCACGAAAUACAACUCCGGUAGAUCAACCAAAUUUGUCUUCGGUAACUUCAAAUCCGGUAUUUGAUGGAGUGCCAAAUGUGUAUCGUAAUUUACUUGCAACAUUGCAGCGACCAGAAGAUUUUCAGCUCAUAUUUUCGGUGCUUCUAUGGAAACUGUUGGAUGAAAAUGCCGAUUUCUUACACUUUGUACUUAAGAAAGCAGAUGCGAAUCAAUUGGUUGUACCAUUGCUGUUUUUAAUGUACGAAGGAAGACAAGAACCAGCAAAAGUAGGUAUGAUUCACAUCUGCACCUUUAUCUUGCUUUUACUAAGUGGUGAACGCGAUUUUGGUGUUAAUCUCAACAAACCAUUCAAUAAUCAUCUCCCACUCGAUUUGCCACCGUUUUCAGGUAACCACGCGGAUCUUUUACUUGUGUGUCUUCACAAAAUCAUUGUCACGGGAUAUGAAAAGCUCAAUUCCGUGUAUAAUUGUUUCUUGACCAUUAUUUGCAAUAUCUCACCCUAUUGCAAGAAGCUUCAUAUGGUCUCUGCAGUUCGACUCUUGCGUUUGUUCAAGUUAUUUGCACAGCCAAGAUAUCUCUUUGACAAUGAAGCGAAUCAUCAUCUUGUCUUUUUCUUGCUCGAAGCAUUUGACAAUAUUAUUCAAUAUCAAUACGAAGGGAAUCAGCAAGUUGUGUAUGCUAUGGUACAGAACAAAAAUGUUUUUUACCAACUGAAUGAUCUUCAAUUACCACCAAUUCGUGAAGGUAAAAAGCCAAUAAAGAAAGAUGGAGAUAAUGAUGAGCAGGAAGUUGCUCCAGGAAGUGAGUGUGGAUUUGUACCUACGGUCGAAUGGCUUGCUGCGUGGAAGAAGAGACUUCCUUUGACAACAAGUUUACGUUUACUUCAGCACUUGAUUCCUUUAUUAGAAGAAACGUGUAAGAAAGCGGGUGGAAGUCUUGAUGAAGAUGCGAUGCUAUACUUUUUGCGUACGACGACAAUGGUAGGAUUGCUACCUGUGCCACAUCCUAUUGUGAUUCGAAAGUAUCAGAUCAAUCAGUUUACGCAUCUCUGGUUUACGACAUUUACAUGGGGCGUUAUCUUUCUACGCAACCAGGUGCUCCCCCUCUUUGACGGUGGAGCGAUCACACUCUUUACCAUUAGUGUCGUUUAA